CCCUCAUCAUCAGAUGGUGCGGCUGCCAGUUCCAUGUGGGAGGCAGGAGGCCACUACCGUGCCGUGCUGUACCACUAGCACCACCUCUGUAUGAGCCUGACCCAUGAUAUGGAGGGAGUUAAUUAUGAGAGCGUCAGGUACGGCUAAUCACAACCUCUUUCCAAACCUGCCAACCGUUGUCGUUGAACGUGCCUGCAUGAUGAUCCGGGUUUUGUAUCCCGCAGAGCGUCUCGAGAGAUUCAAGCCUUGAACGCUCGAUUGGCGUUCUCCGGAGGCCAUGGCAUUCACCAUUCAGAGCUUGAGGAACCCAUCGGCCGUGAACAGUAAUGCAGCGUGCGGAAGCAUCUGUUGAACGGUUCCCCGGCCAUCAGAGUGUGGUGGACCAAGACUGUGGAGUACCUGCUAUCCAAUGGUGAGUAAAAAGAACAGGAGAGAGAGAGAGAGAGAGAGAGAGAGAGAGAGAGAGAGAUAGGAUGGGAUAGAAGUGGGACCAACAGCCGUAAUAGAAAAUAUUAAUGAAUUUAUUAGAGACAAGUAUGAGUCUACUGCUGUAUGCCUCGGCUCUCUAAUACGGUGAGUUGGUUUGUCUAAUAGCCAAGUACUUGGCUCAUCUAUUAAACUUGCUCUAAGCUAGCUAUCAUUAUAGAGCGCGGAAUUAUACAGCCACACAGGAAUUGCACAGUCGCAAUCUAAAGGUGAAAAAAAAAGCCCUCCACAUGGAAACUGUAGGCCUGUGAUGCCUAUCCAAAUUCCAGGCACUAGCUAGCUGCUUGGGCGCUAGACGACCGCACAGACCAUGAAACAUGGAAUGGCCGCCCCAUCAUGGCAUCAUAUCCAUCCGGCAGCCGGACCACCGCCCAAGCCCGCCAGAUUCAACGUCGCGUUCGCCACAUCUCUACACCUACGGCUAUGCAUCAUGAGUUCAUGGCGCUACCCGCUAGGCGCUAAAGCAAAGAACGGCGUUCACGGUCCACCACGCCCGGCGGCCGGGCUGGUCGAAAGCGAGCCCGCUUUUGUCGCGCUCGCUCCGAUCGCAUCCGCCGCGCCGACGCCGACGUGUUGUUUGGCUGCCGCCGUGUCUUCCCCGCCCGGCCGCACGCCCUCGAGUCACGGUUGCUUGUCAUGGCUUCCCUAACCGUGGCAGUAUAUAUAUAGCCAAACCAACCAGGCCAGGGCCAUCCAACUGCCUUGCCCAUCGAUUCCCACCCAGCGCGUCCCUUGCGCUCGCCAUGGCUGUGCAGGCGCGGCACUUCUCCCAUGGCUUCCCGGCUGCGGUGGGCGGUGGCUCCCUGUUCUUGGACGAGUGCGCCGGGUGCGCGCCGACGUCGCCGGCGUGGCCUCGGGACACCACGGUGCUCGGCGACCUCCCGCGCAGCGAUCUCGCCUGCAACUACGGCUUCGUGCCGAGGAAACGGCCGCGCCUCGCGGCGGCGGAGGCGCCAGCGGCGGGGUGUUUCUUGGACGAUCAGCGGGUGGUUAUGCCUCCAGCAGGAGUGGGGAUGGAGGGUGUUGUGACAGUUCCACCAGUCGUCGACGUGCGGAGCAGGGCGGUGAGCUCCGGCGCGGCGUCCACCAGCGGGAGGGCGGCGAAUAAUGGCGCGAGCGUCUCGCGGGGCCUUGUGGCGUGGAUGCAGCACCAGGGCGUGGAGAUCGACGCGCUCGUAAGACUCGAGGCAGAGAGGAUGCGCGCGGGGCUGGAGGAGGCGCGGCGGAGGCACGCCCGUGCGCUGCUGGCCGCCGCGGGCCGCGCCGCGUCGGGGCGGCUGCGCGCGGCGGAGGCCGAGGCGGGGCGCGCGCUCCGCCGCAACGCGGAGCUGGAGGAGAAGGCCCGGCAGGCGGACGCUGAGUGCCAGGCGUGGAUGGGCGUCGCCAGGAGCCACGAGGCCGUCGCGGCCGGCCUCCGCGCCACGCUGGAGCAGCUCCUGCAGCCGCCCCGCGCGGCCGCCGGUGGCUGCGAGGGCGACGCCGAGGACGCGCGGUCGUGCUGCUUCGAGGCGCCGGCGGCGGCCGCGGACGGCUCCGACGAGGACGGUGCUGCGUCGUCCGGGUCGAAGACGUCGUGCAGGUCGUGCGGCGGCGGCGAGGCGAGCGUGCUGCUGCUCCCGUGCCGGCACCUGUGCCUGUGCCGCGCGUGCGAGCCCGGCGUGGACGCGUGCCCCGUCUGCGCGGCCAGCAAGAACGGCUCGCUUCACGUCCUCUUCUCCUGAGGCGUGCCGUGCUCUCCCGUGGAGGCGCGGAGGGCAACGGCCGGCCUCCUCCCACUUGCCAAGUCAGGCGAGGAGGGCUCCAGCUUUCUCUCCACUCGAGUGCCACGCGCCCAACGCCGUCCGCGCUCCAAUAAUUUGGCAAGGUGCCUGUGCAAAGCACGGCAUCCUGGGAAGGAGAGGUUCUAUGGAGAAAAGGGCAACGGGGCACGAGAGAGGAGUUCGGAAUGUUACUACUCUGAACUGAACCUAAUGCUGCUGCAGAAAUGAGGCCCGCAGGAAUGGUAAAUCAGUUUUUGUUUAUCACAGUGCCAAAGGGUCAAGGGCUGCUGAAUGUUUAUGGCUAGAGACAACAUCUAGCAUCAGGUCUGGCUGCUAGUGUAAUUCAAAAAAAGUUUGGGCAGCACACAA